AUGGCGGGCGAGGCCCGGGCCGGUGGGGACGCGGCGCUGCGCCGCCUGCUGAGGCUGCAUCGCACGGAGAUCGCGGUGGCCGUGGACAGCGCCUUCCCGCUGCUGCACGCGCUGGCCGACCACGACGUGGUCCCCGAGGACAAGUUCCAGGAGACCCUGCGCCUGAAGGAGAAGGAGGGCUGUCCACAGGCCUUCCACGCGCUCCUCUCGUGGCUCCUGACCCAGGACGCCGGCGCCAUCCUGGACUUCUGGAGGGUUCUCUUCAAGGACUACAACCUGGAGAGAUACGUCCGGCUGCAGUCUAUCCUGGACACUUUCCCCAAAGAUGUGGACCUCAGCCAGUCCCGGAAGGGGAGGAGGCCCCCGGCCGGUCCCAAGGCCACUGUGCUGCUGCCCAGGCCCCCCACCAAGAGGAAGGCACUCGAGGAGCCGCGGACUGCCCCACCAGCAGCCCCAUCCCCAAGGGGCACCUCCAGUCCAGGCUCCCAAACCAAGGCCAAGCCCGCCAAGAAGCCUGAGAGCAACGCAGAACCACAGCGUCUCCCACUGGGCAAUGGAAUUCAGACCAUGUCCACUUCGGUCCAGAGAGCUAUGGCUGUGUCCUCUGGGGACGUCCCAGGAGCCCGCGGGGCCGUGGAGGGGAUCCUUAUCCAGCAAGUGUUUGAGUCAGGUGGCUCCAAGAAGUGCAUCCAGGUUGGGGGGGAGUUUUACACGCCCAACAAGUUUGAAGACCCCGCUGGGGGAAAGAACAAGACCCGCAGCAGCAGCCUGAAGACCCUGGUCCGAGCCAAGGGGACCCAGGCCCCUGCGCCUGGUGGAGGUGACUCCAGGGCUGGCCCACGGGACAGGGCCCCAGCCCCUCCUGCCCUCCCCAGCGAGCCCCACCUGCAUCAGAAGAAUGAGGACGAGUGCGCGGCCUGCCGGGACGGCGGGGAGCUGCUCUGUUGUGAUGGCUGCCCCCGUGCCUUCCACCUGGCCUGCUUGACCCCGCCGCUCAGCGAGAUCCCCAGCGGGACCUGGAGGUGCUCCAACUGCGUCCAGGGGACAACAGCCCAGCGGGACCUGCCUCGGGCAGAGCAGCCCCGGCCCCAGGAACUGCCCGCCGAGACCCCGGCCUUCCUGGGUCUGAGGUCAGGGGAAGAGGUGAGGGCACUGCCCAGGGAGCUGCCCCCUGGGACGGACGCUGCUGUCACCUACAAGCACCUGCUGGCCCCGCCCUCUGCAGCUCCCCUGCCGGUGCCCGACCCCUCUGCCCUGCGCCCUCUACUGUGCGUGGGCCCUGAGGGGCAGCAGGGCCCGGUGCCCGGCGCGCGCUGCGGGGUGUGCGGGGACGGCGCGGAUGCGCUGCGGUGCUCACACUGCGCGGCCGCCUUCCACUGGCGCUGCCACUUCCCCGGCGGCGCCGCUCGGCCCGGGGCCGCCCUGCGCUGCAGAGCCUGCUCCGGAGACGCCGCCCCGGCCCCUGGGGAGGGGGCGCCCGCCGCGAGCCCCGCCCGCCCGGCUCCCGUGGGGGACGAUUCUGCUGGUCAUGAGCCGGUUCUGCACAGGGACGACCUGGAGUCCCUCCUGAGUGAGCACUCCUUUGACGGCAUCCUGCAGUGGGCCAUCCAGAGCAUGUCCCGCCCGCUGGCUGAGGCACCCACCUUCCCCUCCUGA